UAUACAAAGCUCCCUUCUCAUCGUUUUGAAUUAUGGACGGAUGGAUCCUCCUCACUCGCUGAACGCGCAUCAGGAGCUGCUGCUUUACUUUAUGAUGGUACUGCGACCCAUGAUAAACCAUUACAAAUAUAUCAUGCGGCGGCGGGCCCUCUAGCAUGCUCCUAUAGGGCUGAAUGCCUGGCCCUGGAAGGAGGCUUAUCCCACCUUCUACUUCCGGCCUUACAAAACAUUCAAGACCCAACAUCUAUACUUAUUGCGACGGAUUCGCUCUCGGCCAUU